CCUUCAGGGAGACAAGUUCAUCAGAAGAAGAAAAAGAAGACAUAAUUUAGUACUUAUGACUCAUCACUUUCCUAUUUAUUCAAGCAGCAGGCCAGUUGGCAUCGCAACAGUAGAUCACCACCUCACCUCCAUGUUAUGGCAACAGCAGCUUGGAUUAAUGCUUAAUCUCGCUUUAGAAAAAGGUCCAGGUCUUGUCUUUCACACAGAGGAACUGUGAAGGUCAGAGCAGUUCAGAAACACAUGAGCAUGAGGAGGUUUUUCAGAUCACAGCGGGACGAGGACUACAGUCAGAUCCAGUAUCUGACGGCCAAGUGCACGCGCCUGGCUCACGACAAAGCUCUUCUCGACAGGGACUUUCUCUUGUCCAGAGAGCGGGAGAGGAAGCUGCAGAACGACCUCAGCGCCGUGACCUCGCGUCUCGUCCACCAGGAGCAGCUGAACAUGGAGCUGAGGAUGAAGCAGGAGCAGCUCACCAGCGUGAUCCAGCAGCAACAGGACCUGGUGGUGUCGCUGCAGCAACGCGUGGUCCUGCUGGUGGAGGAGAGUUCCUGCGACGCGGAGCUGCUGCGACAGGUCGGUUCAGAGCUGUUCUGUCUGCAGAGCUCCGAGGUCAAGCUGGAGGGCCUGGUGGACGAGCUCAACGCUGAGGCACAGCACAGAGCGGCCAUGGCAGAGAGCCUCCAAGUGGAGCUGCACGCUGAGGCCCAGCACAGGGCGGAGCUGACAGAGGGCCUCCAGGCAGAGCUCCACAGGAAGACAUUGGAUCUGGAGGAGCUGGAGGUCAUCAACAAAACUCUGACAGACGAGUUGAAGGAUUUAAGUAAUGCGCAUCAGAAAGAGGUGAGGGCACUGCAGCAGGAGAACGAAGGAAGCCUGAGGAAACUGCAAGAGACGGCGGAACAGUUUGAGUGGUUGUGUCAGCAACAGCGCUGCUGGAUGUGCUGCGUCAAGAGGUUCAAAGACUCUCUGAUGGAGGAGAGAGACGCUCUGCUGCAGCAGGUCAACAUGCUGGAAAAGGAAGCUGAGAAACUGAGGAUGAGCUCUCAUGGCGAUGGUCCCAACCAGAGCCUCCGCUGCCCCCUGCAGGACACAGAGCGCUGUGACGGCAGCUUGACAUCAUGGGACGUGGAUGAAGUGGCUGCGCUGGAGUCUCGGGUGGAGAAGUCAAACUCGCUGUGCGAGGAGUUUUUUAACCAGGCAGCGACUCCAAUCAAUGGAUACCAGAAACCUCCAUGAGGACAGAAGCCUGGAGCCGGGACUCAUCUGCGUUUUCUCUUCCCACCUUCUGCAAACCAGAAGAUAAUGACUGGAUGUUUGCGUGUGUGGUUAGCUAUGUAGAAUGUUUCCCAGUCAUUGUGUGAAAAAAAAGAAAAAAAAGAAAACAGAAAAUCUUGGAAAAACCGACCCGUGAAACCAUACAUUUUGUUUGUCUUCCACAAUUGUUUGGCUGUCACGAAAAACAUCUUCCUCGUGAUAUAUGACUGGAUUAAACACUGUGGUCGCUGCUGUCCUCCUUUUCCCCCCGUGACACAUGCACAUCACAUGUGCCUAAAGUUGCCUGGUCACAUUUUUCCAGUAAUUGUCUAUUGUUCAAACCUUGUAAUCAACACCACUAAUAGGAGCAGAAGCACCUGAGAAUGUUCUGGGUUUUUUUUUGUUGUGUUGCCAGCGACUCCUCGCAGGGGAACCAGCAGCUGGUGCGCAGAGGAAACGAGAAACGUGUUUUUUUUUUUUUGACCAACAUGAAGCUCGACUGAUUGUUUCCCCAUUGAGGACUCGCUACGCGUUGACUCGGAAGAUCAGAGCAUUCACUUAUGCACCAGCUUGUCCUCAUCUAAGGUGGCGAUCCUGGUUCCUGCGCUAAUGACGACGACUCGCAAGCUCCGUCGUAUGCGGAACAUUUGCUAAACACGUGUCGCAAAGGCAACAACAGUUUACCGCCAAGGCUAAUGUUUGGGCCAAGAAGGAUGCAUUCACUCACGUGACGCACCCCUCAGUGAUGAGCAUGUUUGGGCUGGUGUAGCAUCCACCAAUGGCUUUGUGAGGAACCAACAAGAAAGCAGAGAAGUUUGCUCGGGAGCUAAUCUGACAAUCGAGCCAUCCACGCACCCAACAGCCCAUGUAUUUGGAGAUUGUCAACAAGAGCUGUCCCAGCUGAUGUUGAGCAGGAUUUAGGAGGGUACACCCAGGAUACUAAACCAGUAAAGCCCUUAUUCCACCUAUGGUCCCAGUUAGCCUUGCCGCGGCACGAUUUAGGUUGGUUUUCCACUACAAAAAUAGUCUGGGGGCGGAGUCA